GACAAAUGUCAUAUCAAAGCGAUUCAGAGGACGAUUUGUUCGUCCAUAGUAUGAGUCUAAAAAAAGCACAAUCAUUAAUAGAUAACCCUCGUUCUCAUCAAGUUAUUACUCUUGCAAGUUGUGGUAAAAAAGUUGGUGUCUGCGAAGUUGGAGAUCCAGAAGGUUAUCCUGUGCUUUGGCUUACAGGAAACAUGGGUCCAGCAAUGUCAAUCCUUUUAUAUCAUAACCUUGCAAAACGAAAUCAUAUUCGUCUUAUUUCAGUAGAUAGACCUGGUUACAACGAUAGUGAUGAUAUUUAUUCACAAUGCGGUGUUCCAGACUUAUUUGAAUUUGCUGAUAUGAUCAAUGAAUUGACUUUAAUAUUAAGAAUGUGGCAAUUUGGCUUGGCCACCUUUUCUCUAGGCGCUGUUUAUGGUUUAGCUUAUUCAAUUAAAUUCCCUGAGAGAAUUAAAGGACCGAUCUUUACGAUUAGUCCUUGGGUGUCUACUAGUACACCGGGCCAUUUGUUUUAUUAUAAAGGUUUGUAUUAA